UGGAACUUUAAAGGUCGUUACUAUCGAAACUUAAAAGCUUAGGAAGGAAGAAAAAAAAACAGCAAGUAGCUGCUAAGCUAGUAGAUAUUAGAAACGCAAUAUAAGUGUAACUAUCUACGUUUUACUGGUCAUUUAAAUAUGUCAAUUCACCCACUUGCAAACCCAAAAGGAACGAAGAAAUUGUGUGAGCUUUGUCAGAAACCAGCUCAUCUCCAGUGCACAAAAUGUCGUGUCACAUUUUACUGUGAUGUGACUCACCAGCAGGAAGAUUGGAAUAGCAUCCACGAGAAAGUGUGUGAGCUGCUGAUCUUCAUACGAACCCCUACACCAUUUUCCUGUUUCCAGGCUGAACGAGACAUUCAUCAGAUACAGACACUGAAAAGAUUGGAAUACAUAAAAGACCUAUCCCAUGGUACAGCUAAGAGCUGGGUGUCAGAAGGGAAGUACAGGGAGGCAAUGCCUGCAGCUCAGCUUUCCCUGCGCUGUGCUAUUGACAUUUACGGCUCUGAUGCCGUUGAACUGGUGCCAGCCUACUUGCUGCUUGCCGAGACCAGUAUAGGUUUAGGUUCCCUGCUCCAGGCGGAAAGCUGUCUCUCAAAGGUAGAGUGGAUGAUAAUGAAGAGCCCGGGCUGCAACCGGACGGUUCUUCUUCAACUGCUCCACAGAACCUUGGGCCGCCUGUACUCAGCCAAAGGAGACUACAACUCUGCCCUGCUGCACUUCGCUAAUGAUGUGUACUAUGCAAGCGAGGAGUUUGGUUUGGACAGUGUGGUGACAGCUGGAGGCUAUUUCUUGAUGGCAAACAUAUUCUUGAAACAGGAGAAGACAGAUAUUUCAACCUCACUCUACUCAGAGGUUGCCAGUAUGUGGCAUGUGCACCUGUCUAACUUGAUGGAGUGUUACAGUCAGGAGGAACAUAAGGGAAAACAAUACUUUGAUGAGGCACAGCGUGUAGAGGUGAAUCGGAUGUUGUGUGUGAUGUUUGAGGCUCAGGAACAGGAUGUAAAUACACAGCCUGCCUACCAGACCACACUGUCUCACUCUCUAGCCCAGAAGGCAUUGCUGUCUCACUGCCUGGCUAUGCUCUGGUUUCUCUGCAAUGACCACGAGAAGGCGCUGGACUUUGGCAGGAUGGCAGAAGAGUAUAUCGAGGAGUGUGAACCCAGCAGUCUGGAUGAUUCCAUCCAGAGUCUUAUACAACAGGCAGAAACACACCUCAACCCAUAACAAACACUCAUCGUUCACCACAAACUAAUACAUUCAACACUCGUCUACUAACACACACAUAAUAAUAAACCGGUACACUCAACACUCAACACAUAACCCUGACUAAUCAUAAUGCACCAAGCCCUCAUAGAUGCCCUGCUUACUCAUAAUCUCAAUAUAAAAAUGUGCACAGCACUCACACACUGUCCUAAAAAUAUACAAAUAAUACAAUACAAAACAACUCUCCUUUUUAUAAACAUCUCAGUCAUGAGGCUGUAGAGUUAAUGACCGGACUUUGCCUUGGUGUUUGUUUCUAAGUAGUGAUUAGUAGCUGAUGGUGUAUUGUAAAUCAGAAUGGUGUUAAAUAAGAGCACAAGCCUCUGAUGCACAUUUCAUGUUCCAGACAUUUUUAUAAUGUCUUUUUAUUAUUAUUAUUAUAUUGUUUCUUAUCAUCAUUAUUAUUAGAAUAUCGUAACAUACAACAUUUAUGUUAGAGUUCUAACACUAAUAAGUUCCCUAAUAUUAUAGAACAUUGCUGGUUUUUUGGCAUUCACGGGGAGCAUGUAUGUAACUUAAAAUAAAAAACCAACAAACAAACAAACAAACAAAAAAAACAUGAGGCAAUGAAAUGUGGUUAACAAUGAAUCUGCUCAUUUUCCUUUUACAUACUGGAAAUCAACAAAACUGAACAUUAGCAGCAACUUGACAUUAUUACGUAGUGAUAAAUGCCAUUUUCUCAGUCUCUUGUUAGUGGAGUGUGGCAACAGAGUGGUACCAUGUGAAUAUGGUUUUUGCUUAGGUUUGGCUUUCAUAUUACACUGUUGAGGCGAUCAACAUCUCUGCUCAUGUUUACUUAAGACUUAAGUCUUGCCACUUAAUCCAUUGAAUCACAAGCGUUGGUUUGGAAUCAAGACAGGUUUUAACAACAUGAUAAAAGGCUAAAGGAGCUCUGCAGCUCACAUUAUUGGCUCCCAUGGUACAAGGAAGGAGUGUGUCCGGUUGCUUAGUUACCAGUCAUUCCACUGAUGGUUGAUGGAACACAUGACACAUGGUACAGCAAAUCACAACAUGGAGGAUAGGGAGGGUGUGUGUGUGUGUGUGUGUGUGUUUGUGUGUUUUAGCUGUUAUACAUGUGUGUUAAAGCAUUCUGCUAAAGCUCACCACCAGGGAUUAGUGCACACAAACCAGUUUUAUCAUUCAAAAAAACCAAGAACAAUAGAAAACAAACAACAAAAAAGUGCAUGAUUACGUCAAAGCACUUCCUUGUGAUGAAUCGGAUGUCAGAAUGUCCAUUUUCUGCUUUAGAAUGAGGCAGGGGAGGAAUUUGAUCCAGGCUGCUUCCCUGAGUUUGAAUCAACCUCAAUUGUUUACUACCAAAAUUCUGCUUCAAGUUUGAAAGGUUUUGAUUUGAUCCGGUUUUUGAGUGUUUUGUAAAUGUAAAGUAACAAUCUGCGUUCUGGCGUAAACAUACAAUUGUAAAGUCCAGUUCAUGAGUUUGGUCCAUACUGUAAAUAAAUUCAUUGCUAAGCCUG